AUGAUUUCUGUUUAUCUUACUUCUUCCCACUUCUCUCUUCUAUUUCCCAUCGCUCUCUCCAUAUUUCUCUCUCUCUCUCACUCUCUCUCUCUCUCUCUCUCAGUCUGUUGUUAUCUAUCUACCUAUCAGCCUGUCUGCCUGUCUGUCUAUCUCAUCUUUUCAUAUCUAUCUCAUUCUCUUUCUAUCUAUCUAUCUAUCUAUCUAUCUAUCUAUCUAUCUAUCUAUCUAUCUAUCUAUCUAUUAUCUUCUAUCUAUCUAUCUAUCUAUCUAUCUCAGUCUUUUCUUCUAUCUAUCUAUCUAUCUAUCUAUCUAUCUAUCUAUCUAUGCUUCUUCCUAUCUAUCUAUCUAUCUAUCUAUCUAUCUAUCUAUCUAUCUAUCUAUCUAUCUCUGAUCUUCCUAAUUCUUCUAAAAUCUUAUCUCUUUAUCAUUGCCUUUUACACUCUUUCUUGUUUCCUUCCCCCACACAACACUCACAUUCUUCUCUCUCCUCUCUCCACCUCUCUCAUUUCUCUUUCCUCCUCAUCUCUCCAUCACACUCACCUUCAAUCCCUCUCAUACAUUUCUCUCUCUCUUCAAAUAUCCUCUCACCUCCACUUCCUUCUCCCACUCUCUCUAUUUCCCUCUUUUAAUUCUCUCCCUCCUUUUCUCUCUCACUCUCGUCAUAAUUUCUCUCUUCAUUCUUUCUCUCUUUCUUAUUCUCUCUUUUUCCUUACUAUUAUUAUAACAAUCUUUCUUUCACUCUCUUUAUCCCCACUCUUGUUGUCUUUCAUACUGUCUUCCUCUCUUAUUAUCAUUCUCUCUCCAGCGCACGCUCAUUUUUUCUCUAUAUAUUGUUAUCAAACGACAUCUUUCUCUCUCUUCCUCUUGUUCUCCCCCCAUCCCUCAUCCUUAUCUCUUGUUACGGCUGACUCUCCCAAAUUCUCUUUUACUCUCUCUAGUGUUAUCCUAAUAUCUCCUACACUGUCCCUAUCUCUCUCUCCCUCUCUCUCUAUAUAUAUAUCUCCUCACCCUCUGUCUUUGUCUUCCUCUCUCUAUUUCUAUUUUCAGUCAGUUUACAUUAUCUUCCUCCCUUACACUCUCUACUUACCUCUAGUUCCCUCUCCUAUUCCACUCUCUUCCACCCUCUCUCUCUCUCCUUUCUUUUCACUCUCUCCUCUCUCCCCUCCCUCCCCCUCUCAUUUAUGA